CAAACAGAUUUCUUUUCACCAGUAAAGAAGAAGAUGAAGCAGGGACUUCUAACAUGGAACCCUUCUUGUCGGAUUCUCUCUUUACCUUAUUUAACGGCAACGUUCGGUCGGCGCUGUAUGAUCUCAGCGACCGUAGAUUCUGUCCAGGAAAGAGAACUGACUGCCAAGGAGAGAAGACAGCUUAGAAAUGAGAGGCGAGAGAGUAAACCUAGUUAUAAUUGGAAAGAAGAAGUGGAGGAGAAGCUUAUAAAGAAGCCUAAGAAGAGAUAUGCAACAUGGAAUGAAGAACUCAAUCUCGAUAAUCUGGCUAUCACCGGUCCUGAAUGGUGGGCUGUCAAAGUUAUGCGGUCAACUGCUCAGGAAACUACUGAACGGUUAGCUCGCGCCCUUGUCCGAAAUUUUCCAGAUAUUGAAUUUCAGGUAUAUUUCCCAGCUGCCCAGGUGAAAAAGAAGUUAAAAAACGGAACAAUUUCAAUCAAACCAAAAGCUCUAUUUCCUGGUUGUGUGUUUCUGAGAUGCACACUGAACAGGGAAAUUCAUGAAUUCAUAAGGGAGUGUGAUGGUGUUGGUGGUUUUGUUGGAUCUAAAGUUGGCAACACGAAAAAAAUGAUUAAUCUACCUAGAGCUGUAUCUGUUCAAGACAUGGAAGAAAUUUUCAAACAAGCCAAGGAGGAACAAGAAAAAGCUGAUCAAGCUUUUGAAGAAGAAGAAAAAAAGGAACAAGCAGUAGCCAGCCUCAAACCUGAUGAACUAAUUACAACAUUCGUUGAAUCAGGUUCUGAAAAUGUCACAAUAUCAGUCACUAAGUCCAAGCCAAAAAGACGAUCACGAAAAUCAUCAGAUCCUACAAGUGAUCAAUCGACAACCACCCAAAAUAAUAAGUUGAGAUUGGGUUCAAAUGUUCGAGUCCUAACUGGUACAUUUGCUGAGUUUGGAGGUAUUCUUAAGAAGCUGGAUAAGAAGACAGGGAAGGCAACAGUUGGGUUUACUUUGUUUGGGAAAGAAACAUUGGUAGACUUAGAUAUUCAUGAAAUUGUGGCCGAUUCAUUAACAUCAAAGGUAAGUUAACUUACUAUUGAGGUAAAACUUCCAUUUUGUGUUCAGAUAGUGAAUUACAGUAAGCAGAAGAUUGGUUAAUACAAUGACUGUUAUUUAUUGUGCUUUCAUGGAUAUAUGAAGAAGAAGAAGAAUGGAGAGUAGCUAGAACAACAUAGAUAUAUAAUAGUUGCAUUUUUUUCUUCUAAUUUCCAAAACAAAUAAGCUUAAAUUAUACUCUGCAUAAGUCUAAAUCAAGCACUGCCUUGCAAUUCUUAGUAUAUCCAAAUUCGAGAUCGCAUAAUGACCUUGAACAGAUCGCUUUCCUUCCAAAAUCAGCAACAAACACCAACAAUCAAAAUAAGAAGAUAAAAUUUAAGUCCUAUGCUUAAGCUAGAUUUAAUUAUCUUCUUAUCUCUUGAUUUCUACCAAUUCCAAAGAAUGUAACAAUAUUAUUAUUCACCCAGGAUUGAGUUGGCUAAUAUCUGUAAUGUUUAUAUUUAGUCAAUGUUGGGUAUGUUUCACUUAUUUCAAGGAGUUUGAUAUUUGUGCAAGGUGGAAGAUUGAUUAUUGAGUUUUGGGCUUAGAGUUUAUAUUUUAAUGGAUAAGGAUAAGGGCUUAUGACUUUUCAUUAUAUUUCUAGAUAUUGUAACCUAGGGCUAUUUGAACAUUCAAAGUGAUUGAAAAUCAACAUUACCAAU